CUGUACUCAGCAGGAGUGUUUGUUCUCCAACUUCUUUAUAGAUGCAUAUCAUAAUCUAAUGCUUACAAAUUAUUGAUGCAUAUAAAUGAAUCAUUACAGUAUUUAUUGAAUGUAGAUAACCGAAAAUUUGUUGGAAAUCCGUCAUCAAUAUAAAGGUGUCAAAAUGAGUCACGUUCCUUAUGCCGAAGUCCCGAUUAUACAUCAAGGGUUGCGACAAGAGGAAACUGUAAUACAAAUCACGUUAGCUCUAGAUUACUUGGAGAAGGUAUCAUGUGGAAUUUUCCAACAUAUCAAAUCAUCAGUAGAAAAACAGAAAGUUCAACUUUCCAAACUUCAAGACCGAAGCAAAUUAAUUAACAAAAAAAUGGAUAAAUUAGCUGGCACAAAUAAGGCUACCAAGGUUUUUGCCAGUGCAAAGUAUCCUGGUAGUGAUAUACCUCGAGACUAUACUCUAGACAUUCUUUCAACGCCGUUACCAAAGCUUGAUCGGACCAGUGUGCAAAUAUCAUCCAAACAUCCUCCGUUUGACCCAGACUCUAUUAAAGACAAAUGCCAACAUUUCCACAUUAAAACAAGCACAAAGCAGAUAAAGAAGAAUAUUGAAGUGACUCCAGAAGAAGGCCUUGGCAGUUUACCGGCUGAUUUAGACUCCGUCAGUGCUCUUCUCCUUUUUAAUACUUCAGAAAACUUGUACAAGAAGUAUGUCAUGCUUGACCCUCUCGGUGUAGUUACCAAGACGAGGCAAGUAUUGGAGGAUGAAAUCAAAGGUGACUUGGAUGCAGCUCCUCGCUCUAUGUGUCAGGAGGUGGUUGAGUUUAAAAUUGGGGAGAACUACUUCUACUCCCCCACCUUACAAGAGGUGCCCCAACUGGAUGUUCCUCUGGACUUGCCCGACCUUCCAGGAAUUGCUGGAGAUCUGCAGUUCUCUAUGGAAUCAGAGCCCCAUAUCGCCCCAUCGAGCUCCACACCCAUACCAGAACUUCCCUCAGUGUUUGUUGAUACAUCGUCAGAUACCAUAUUACCUACACCUCCUCUACCCCCUCAAGUUUCCUUGAUAUCUGAGGAGGUGAGACCACCGCCUGUAGUUGCUCCACCCCCACCUCCACCUCCACCCCCUCCUCCACCACCUCAGAUACCUCCUCCACCUCCAGCUCCUACACAGGAUCAAGAUAUGCAGACUGUUACUCCAACCACUCCAGCGGUGGCUCCAGUAAGGACUGAUAAUGCACACGCUAACUUGAUGGAGGCCAUCCGCAACGCAGGAGGCAAAGAUAGAGCUAGACUACGCUCAGUUACGGACCGUAAACAGGAAGCUAAGAGAAAACAGGAAGAGGAGAGCAUAACAAAGUCAACGGGAGGCAACCUGAUGGCAGACUUGCAUGCGAAAUUGUCUCUUAGAAGGAAGGGAAUCUCUGGAUCCCAGACAGGAAGUGAUCCUCUGGAGAAGUUUAUAGCCAUGAUCCCCCCUCCUCCUAUCAAAGAAGGACCAUCCGACACUGAUGAGCCAGAUGAUGUAGAUGCUGACUGGGAAGAGGAUUAAUCCGGAAAUCGUACCUUAUAAAUUUAUUGUGCUUGAUACUUUUCUACAA